UCUCUGCUGCUUAUUGCUCGCAGUGUGUCCCUGUCAUUUCGUCUCUUUAUCCUUUUCAACCCUCCCCUGCUUUCUGGAAACCCACCGCAUGGCCGAGGAUUGAUGAGUCUUGGAAGCUGGCUGCAUCCCUGAGCAGCAAUUCUUGUGGCCCUUGCUAGCACACACACACACACACACACACGCGCGCACACACACACAACAUCUUUGCACAUUCCUCUUCCCUCUCUCCUCCACUCGCAUCUCCCACCACCAUUGCCACCCAUGUCCCUCCCUCCCUGCCUCUGCCCCACGCUCUGGCUCCUCUCUGCCUCACUCCAAAGCUGUUGUUACUGUGCGGCUCCCGCACAUCAUUCCACGGUGAUGGAAAUUAAAUGAAGGUGGCUUAACACAGCUAACAGAGGCAUGCUUUGAAGGAUGCAACCGGGGGAAGCUGCGCUGCCAGAUCCUUUUCCAUGGACUGUGGAUUUGCGCUGCUGAGGCGAGGACAAGCAAUCACUCAGCCAUGCAGAAGCCCAGACUACAGGACUAAUCUCUCCACCUGACUUGUGGAAGCUCCACUUUUUUUUUUCUCCUGAAUUAUUUAUUCCCUGCUGCAAAAGACAAGUGUGGGACAAUGGAGCCGGAGUGAAGUAGAUGGGGAAUUUGUAGCUCUGACUGCCGUCUGCAGCACACAUGGAUGUGUUCAGCUUUGUGAAGAUGCCAAAGCUGUCAGGCCACAGGACCAAAUCCCCCGGCUGGCCGCCCCCUUCAGGGACUUGGAGUGCUUCGCAGGGACCCCCCAAUGGAUGGGACAUGGGCACCAAUAGAGAGGGGCGUGACUGCUACAUCAACCACGUCUCCCAGAGCAGCUCCCUGGAGGAGAUUCGUCUGGACGGAGACAAGUUUGUGCCACCAGCGCCCCGGAAGGUGGAGAUGAGACGGGACCCGGUGCUGGGCUUUGGCUUUGUGGCAGGCAGUGAGAAACCUGUGGUGGUACGCUCAGUCACACCAGGGGGUCCAUCAGAAGGCAAGCUGAUCCCAGGGGACGAGAUCAUCAUGAUUAAUGACGAGCCGGUCAGCUCAGCACCCAGGGAGAGGGUUAUUGACCUUGUCAGGAGCUGCAAAGAGUCCAUAUCGUUGACUGUUGUUCAGCCGUACCCAUCGCCCAAGUCGGCAUUCAUCAGCGCCGCCAAAAAGGCCAAGUUAAAGACUAAUCCUGUUAAAGUUCGCUUUGCUGAAGAGGUCAUCAUCAACGGCCAAGUCCCAGAAACGGUGAAGGACAACUCCCUUCUUUUUAUGCCAAAUGUCCUGAAGGUGUACCUGGAGAAUGGGCAGACUAAAUCAUUUAAAUUUGACAGCAACACAUCCAUUAAGGACGUCAUCUUGACCCUUCAAGAGAAGCUAUCCAUUAAGAGCAUUGAGCACUUCUCCCUGAUGCUGGAGCACAGAGCCGAUGGAUCUGCCAGCAAACUCAUGCUCCUGCACGAGCAAGAGAUGCUAACUCAGGUGACACAGAGGCCAGGGUCGCACAAGAUGAAGUGCUUUUUUCGCAUCACUUUUGUCCCGAAGGAUCCUCUGGACCUGCUGAGGAGGGACGCAGUCGCAUUUGAGUAUCUCUAUGUGCAGAGCUGUAAUGAUGUGGUACUGGAGAGAUUCGGGUCAGAGCUGAAAUACGACACGGCCCUCCGUCUGGCUGCCCUGCAAAUGUAUAUUCUAACCGUCAAUACCAAGCAGUCCCAGAAAGUGUCCCUGAAGUAUAUAGAAAAGGAGUGGGGGUUGCCGUUGUUCCUGCCUCCCGCAGUGCUCUCCAGCAUGAAAGAGAAGAACAUCAAAAAAGCCCUGACUCACAUCCUCAAAACCAACCAGAACCUGGUGCCGCCCGGCAAAAAGCUGACUGCCUUGCAGGCAAAGGUCCAUUAUCUGAAGUAUCUCAGUGACUUGAGGCUAUACGGAGGACGAGUGUUUAAAUCUACGCUAAUUCAAGGCGAGAAGCACACAGAGGUGACAUUGCUCGUGGGGCCCAAGUACGGCAUCAGUCAUGUGAUUAACACCAAAACAAACCUGGUGGCACUUCUGGCUGAUUUCAGUCAUGUGAACCGCAUCGAGAUGUAUACAGAAGAUGAGAACAGGGUUAGAGUGGACCUACAUGUCCUGGACGUAAAGCCCAUCACUCUCUUAAUGGAGUCGGUUGAUGCAAUGAAUCUGGCUUGUUUGACUGCCGGCUACUACAGAUUACUGGUGGACUCCCGACGCUCCAUCUUCAACGUGGCCAAAAAUACAGACAGUGUGGAAACAAGCCAUGCAGCGAGAGUAAAGCAGAACUACCAGGCCAUCGAGUGUACAUACAGCACACCCCAUAAAGGGUACGACGACAGAAAUAACCAGCGGUGCAGCCAGGAUUAUUCUGACCAGGAGUGUGAAUACCUCGAGCAUGGGAGAUGCGAAGGCCAAUCAGUCUACAUAACCGAGAUACACCAGCCCCAGCACUCUGUGCACAUGGUGCAGAGAGCGGAGUACUGCAGAGUCCCUUGCUCCCAAACUUACCUCAACGUCCCCAGGCCCAAAUCCCAAGACUCCUCCAGGAGUGCAAAGGUCUCUUUCAUAUUUGGAGAUCCCCCCAUGGACAGUAUAAACCCCCAAAACCUGGGCUACCAAAGACUGAUGGACGAAAGCCCAGAGAUCCUAGACAAUCACAGCCCCAUGUACCGGCGUCUCGAGGAGGACUAUAAGAUGAUGGAUGCCAUAGAAGACGGGGAUGGUUAUCAGUACUCCACCAAAAUCUUCGGUCCGACCGAGUGCAUCGAGGAGCCACUGCUACACGACAUCUGCUACGCCGAGACGACAGAUGACGCAGAGGAUGAGGACGACAUCAGCUGCGAGGAGGACAUGGUCAUGAGCGACACCGACAAGCCGAUGUUACUGUCACUCUCGGGGUCCAGUGACGACAUCAUCGACUUGACCUCCCUCCCUCCACCGCCAGAGGGUAAUGACGAGGAGGACAAUGACGUCCUGCUGCACUCCCUUAACCUGGCCAUCGCGGCUCCUCCUCCAGGCUUCAGGGACAGCUCUGAUGAGGAGGAGCAGCAGCAGGGCGCCGGGACUCAGGCCCAAGGGGCCCGCAAUGAUAUCCCAGUGUCUCUCAUAGAUUCAGUGCCCACCCACGGAGCAGAGGGCCACGGAGAGCCCCUGGACAAUGCAGUGGUGUCCACCUUGCAGGCCCUCGAGGCCCUCGCUGCAUCCGAGGAGCCGAGUCCAGCGCAGUCAGAGAGUAGCACAGGUGUAGAAAUAUCACGAGCAUUUAGUCCAGAGUCCUCCGACUCUGGCAACGAGACAAACUCCUCUGAAAUGACAGAGAGCUCCGAGCUGGCCAGCGCUCAGAGACACUCAGAGAGCCACCUGAGGAUCCAUGUAGCCACGACGGAAGGAUACCACACCACGAAUGAAGAGAAGGCAGAGGCGACUGCACAGAGCGAUGGCAGAGCCGGAGCUAUCCAGUACGGCCCCCAGGAGCCUCAGGAGGACGAAGCGAAAUCCUCGGCCGUUGCCUCCUCCCAGAUGUUUCACUCAGACGGUGGUGAGAUGGAGCCAGAGACAAUGGAAAUAAAAUCAGUCAGUGAAUACUUCACUAAGUUGCACAUGGGCUCAGUAAUGAGCAGACAGAGAGGAAAACAAAGGGAGUCCGCAGGCAGAAUCCAAGGAGAUGCCUGUGAAACCUCUGACAGGUCGCACACAACUCCCCAAGAAUCAGCUAAAGAGGAGCCCCCUCAUCUUGUUGGGAAGUACAAUGCCUUCACUGUGAGAGAUUCCUACUACAUGAAUCAACUUGAUCUAGGGCGAUCUCACAUUAAAGACAGGCAUCAAAAAGUGCAGCCGAAGGCUCCCGGAAACAAAAUGGCAGAGAAUCUCUCUCCAGAAUAUGUGAAUGACUCGCAGGCUUCCCUCGCAGGCAGGUUGAGUGUAAAGGGAGAGAAACAGGACUCAGAUGAAAAAAGCCAAAAGAUAAACACCCAUCUUCGCUCCCCAUCCAAAGGGCCCGUCUCCGCAGAGGGAAAUGCCACCGCACAGGAUAAUGAGCAGCAGCAAAUUAAGAUUCCGGCAUCAGAGCAAGACGCCACGCGGAUAUAUGAAUACCAUGUGAGCAAGCGUAUGUCAUCGCUACAGAGCGAGGGCGUUCAUUCCCUCCAGAGCUCGCAGUGUUCCUCUAUAGAUGCCGGCUGCAGCACAGGCAGCAGCAGCUGUGCCACUCCCAUGGAUUCUCCCCUUUGUGCCACAGACAAUAUGCAUGUACUGUCUGAGUCCUCGCUCAAGGGGCUGGGUUAUGCAACUGCGGAGGAGAAAGGUUACGGGCCUCCAGGCCAGGGGAGGCCUGGUCAUCCCGUGGACCCCACCCUGCUGCGGAAGAUCCACGCAGCUACCAGUGCCGAGCCUGGAUUCACAAUUACACGGGAUGGCAGUCACAGGAUGCCCAAGAUAAAAGAGACCACAGCUUGCACACAGCUGAAGAAGGCUGGAGAAGAGUCAUCUUUAGCUCUCUGUAAUGAGACCAGUACCACCACCAAAACCAUGUCACCAUCAUCAUUACAAAGUAGCACAGAGCCCAGCCAGCUAACACCGGCCAGCCCCGAACCCAACUUGCACGCCCUGGCUUCCCCCUCAAGCAGAUCUUUUUGUGACCCUACAGCAGGCGCCCUCAGGAGGCCACGCAGGGUCCGGAUGCUCAGGAGGAGCUGGAGCACCAUAAUGCCAGGUUCUAGGAGCUUAGAAGCACUGCUAGAGAAGACCAAAGCCACACUCACAGGGAAAAGUGGUGGUCGGAAUUGUCCGUCUCAAGAUGCUACAAAAGUACAGAGGAUAUUCUCUGCCAAAACCUUGCCCAAAAGUUUGUCCCAGGGUUCAGUCGCCACCUCUUACUCCUCUGGUAGAGGGCUGCCUAGAGGAGCUUCGCCAUUGCUGCCAGAGUCAACAGCACCGAGGCUGGAUGCGGGUACCUGGAGGUGCCGUGGGCCGUUCAGUCACUGCUUCCUCAGGAGAAAGACCAACACCGGUCGGGUUAAUGAGGGCAGAAAGAUGCCCUCAGAUGCUCUGUGUUCCGUCAGCUCGAUUUCUUUCAGCAACGAGGAGAGCACAAAGAAGAGAGCAGACCAUAAAGCUGAGCAGACUAAUAAGGUUACGGUUAUGACUGACACGAGCCUUGAAGCAAGGUUAACUUGCGUAAAUUCAAUGAAGGGUAAAACCUACAGUCUUCACACGGGGUUCGCGCUCGCACGAAAGGAUGCCUUAGACAUGAUCGGUGUGUUGCGUUCCAGUGUUGGCCGCUCGCCCAGAGGGGAAAGGCCCGAGGUCAACGAUGCUGAAAUGGAAACCUUCUCCCAGCUUCUUGUCAUGCAAGCCAAAGUGUUGGGCAGCGCCUGCAGUCGGAUGGCCGUGGAGUACAGCAGCCCAGAGGAGUUGCUGCUCACUCUGACGCACAGCUUCCACACACUCUGCUGCCUAACACAAGCCUGCAUGUCACUGGUGGAAGGCCUGAGCUCCGAGAGGAAGCGGCGCGAGGUGGUAGCCAAGGUGGACGAGGUCGUCAUGAACUACGUGUGUCUGCUGAGAGCAGCUGAGGCGGCGGCUUCAGGAAGCGCGCCAAGUGACCAAAGUGUGAAUGCAUUGACACAUCACUCUGCCACCAUGUCUGCUAUUAUAAAUGCACUAAUUCACUCGCUGAAAACACUGCUCAACAAAUAAACUGUUGUGUUUUUUUUUGUCUUGAUAAUUGAUUUUUAAAGCCAUACAUUUGAGACAUGGGUUUAACAACCAAUGUGAACUGCUGUGAAAAAAAAAGAAAUCUUGCCUUGUGUAUACAAUAUUUUAUUAUGUAAAGUAAAAAUAAAAUGAUAUGAAUCAUUCAAAUUUUAAAUAGAUUAUAUGAAGGCUCUAUGAACAAGCAUACAACCCUCCUCUAGAGUAUAUUAUCAAAUAUUACAUGAUAGGGAUUAUUUUAAUGAUUUAUUGGUAAUAUGUAGAUUAUUACAACCUUAUUGGUACCUUGUUUAUAAAUUGUCUAUAUAAAAUAUAUAUUAUGUUGGAGAAAUGCAUAAACUAUAUACAGCUGUAGACAAAUCAUUGCACAGAACAAGACAUGGUCAAAUAAAAGUAACGCAUAUGACUUUUUUCAUUUGCUGGAUUAAAUUUAAUUUAAUGAAUACUUUA